AUGUCUUCUUCCGGUCCACUCAAACUCGCCAUCCUCGACGACUACGCCUCCAUCGCGCUGCCUCACUUCCAAUCCCUCCAGGGGCAGGUUCAAAUCGACACAUUCCCGAGCACGCUCAAUGCACGGAUUCCCGACGAGCACGCCAAACUGGUCGAGAGGCUGAAACCGUACACUAUCAUCUCGUCCAUGCGCGAACGCACGCUCUUUUCACGCUCCGUGCUCGAGCAGCUCCCGAACCUGAAACUGCUUCUCACCACGGCGAUGAAGAACGCGGCCAUCGAUCUGGCGGCGUGCAAGGAUCUGGGCAUCACGGUUGUAGGCACGACGCCGAAGCCGAACGCCGUCAAGGGCUAUGAUGCGACCAACGAGAUCACAUGGGCGCUGAUCCUGGGGUUCGCGAAGGAUAUCGUCCACGGUGACACCGUGAUCAAGAACUCGUCUCCAUCGACGUCUUCGUCGGCGGAAGACCCCAACGCCGCGUCCGGCGGCUGGCAAACGCACCUGACUGCCGGGCUGGCGGGCAAGACGCUCGGACUGCUCGGUCUCGGCAAGUUGGGCACGCAGUGCGCCGUGACAGGCAUGCUGGGGUUCGGGAUGAAAGUGCUCGCCUGGUCGAGCUCUUUGACGCAAGAAAAGGCCGACGAAGCCGCAUCCUCACGCGGUCUUCCAGCGGGCAGUUUCCGCGUCGCAUCGUCCAAGGCCGAACUCUUCGCGCAGGCCGACGUGCUGAGCGUGCACUACGUCCUCUCCGAGCGCAGCAGGGGCAUCGUCGGCGCCCAAGAGCUGGCAGCGAUGAAAAAGUCCGCUUUCUUGGUGAACACGUCGCGCGGGCCGCUCGUCGACGAGACCGCGCUCGUCAAAGCCCUCGAAAAGGGCAGCAUUCGAGGCGUUGCGCUCGAUGUCUUCGACACGGAGCCUCUCGCUAAAGACACGCCCUGGCGGAGGAGCGGCUAUUGGGGCCACAACGGGAGGAGUCGCGUCCUGCUCAGUCCGCAUAUGGGCUAUGUCGAGGAGGAGACCAUGCAUAGCUGGUACGAGCAGCAGGGUCGGGCUCUUGCGAGUUGGAUCAAGGGUGAGGAUCUCAAGGGCGUCAUGCAGUAG